UACCAGAUAUCAUGUUGUAUAUGUGGUUUGACCAUGGGAUUGGGCUAUAGAAAACUUCGUGUUCUCUCGGAAGAAAUAAAAAGUAAGAAGAUUUGGAGUAUUUAAAACUGAAAAAAAAAAUCGCCCUAAAAAUUUACCCUUUUUGACUACUUAUUUUCAAUUCUCUGAGUUUGAAUAGUACUAUGAUUGAUUGAAAAUAUCGUCAGAACCUGAUAUUUCCUGCUCAUGCGUUACAAGCCUUUUCAAUGAUGACUCCGAAGGUUUAUUUCAACUCUAAUGUAAAUAUAUAUUUUGUUACAGUUCGACUAGACUUCUUAAUCCGAGUUUGAUUUUAAAUAAAUCUAAUCUCUACUCGUUAGCCCAGAUUGAAAUCAAAUCUAGUCAAAUGUCUGAUGCAAGUUUUAUAAACAGUUGUAAAAUAGAGGAUAUAAAACUCAUAUCUUUUAAGAAGAUUACUUUAAUACUAUUAACUUUAUCUUUAAGAAUUAAUUUAACAUUAAAAUCGAAUAUAAUUUAGUGAAAGAAAAAACGUUCUCUGCCUUUUAAUACUAUUCAAUCUUUCAAUGAAAAUUUUGAAUCUUUAGUAUUUGAUUUUUGAAAAUUGAAUAUAAUAGUAAUGGUAAGUUUAAUCACUAAGAGUAUUUAAAAAAAAAAAAAUCAAACACUCCAACUAUGCCAAUAAAAAUCUCAGACAGUUAAUUAGAACAAUUUGAAAGUUUGAAUGCCAAAUAUUUAAGUUAGACGACUAUUUGUAAAUGAGUAAAAGGUCAAAUUGUUUUAUUAUAUUUACCUGAUUUAUAUAAGUUUGUAAAUUUUGAAUUUCGAAUUAUAAAAGUCUCUGUAGAACAUUAUUUUCGUCUCUUUUUUUUCAAUAAAAUCUAAGUAUAUCUUACUACAAAUUUUGAUUUUUAUCUCUUUAGCAAAGUCCUAUCUUUAAAUUUGAUAAGCAUAUAAGAUUUUAAGAAUAAAGAGUAGAAUCAGGAAGGGAUAAGAGAGCGAUAAAUUAAGAGAGGGGUUUGAUGUCUACAAUUUAUAAAUUGACGAAAAUGGAGAUAAAAGUAAAAAAAAAAAGUAUGAAAUAUUCUUAGAUAUCCCUCAGAGAUACUAGUCAUGAACUUUUAGGAGGAAACAGAAAAAAUCCAUUAAGGCUUUGAAACUUAUAAAAAAAAAAAAAUUGGAAACUAUUUUGAAAUUUCCUAGGAAGUUAUAAAUCUACAUGAAAAUUUUAGUGCAAAAGAUGAAUAGUUAGGGGAUUAUUUUAGAUUCGGCUAUAAGUUGAGGGGCAUCCUUAAAUUUUUGCCUUCGUAGUUUUCAAAUUGCGUACCAAUGUAACGGGCUAACCUAACCUGUUUAUAUGUUAAAUUACUUGUUUAUUAUCCCUAUUGAUUCAAUGGACGAAUUUUCACAUUUACAUCCAAAAAAAAAAAAAGUACGUUAGCCAAAUUAUCCAAACAUAUCCUUCUAAAAAAAAUAUAUGCCUUUAAAGCUUAGCUUCUAAACGUAUCUUUCCUUUACUAUAUCUUAAUCUCUAAUUAACAAUAUCUUUCCCUCUUCGACUUUAUCUCGAAAUUGCCGCACCCUCUAUAAAUACCAACUAAGUUUAUGGACUUACCCCAACUAUAGCUUCACGUUACUCUUUUUUUCUUUUUUUUUUUUCCCCUCUUUUUUUCUUUUGGUUUUCCUGUGUACAUACAUACCUUACAUAUAUACAUAUACAUACAUUGUAAUCUGAGACAUGGGACGUCGGAAGAUCAAGAUCGAGCCGAUCAUCGACAAGCACAAUAGAUUCAUAUGCUUCUCGAAGCGGCGAGCGGGCCUUUUCAAGAAGGCGAACCAACUCGCCCGCCGGGGAUUCCAGAUCGCUGUUUUGGCCUUCACCGAAAGCGGCAAUGCCUUUGCGUACGGCAGCCCUAAAGUCGAGGAGGUCGUCGAACGGUUCUUGCACAAUUCCGAUGCAACAGACGGCGCAGGAAGCAGCAAAGCCACAGAAAGUUUAAUCAAAGCGCCUGAAGAUUGUAAAGAACAGGAACAGACUGAAAAAGUAUCGAGUGAAUCGGCGGAGAGUGCUCAACAGAAAGACGUGUCGAGGGAAACGAAGGAGAGAGCGGAAGACGGCGAGGAUAGUUGGAAUAGUUUGAGUAGUGCAUUGACGGAGAGCAAACACUUUUGGUGGAACAGUUCCGUGGAAAAUCUCUCGUUGAAAAACCUAUUGCAGUUCAAGUCCGCGUUAGAGGCACUACUCACCAGCGUGAGAAUAAAAGCAGAUUCUUUGUUGGUCGAGCAGGAUUUUCUAGCCGGAUUUACUUAGGUAGAAUGUAAUUAUCAUCAUUUUAUAGUACUAUUUUCUCUUAGUUUUAUAUACCUAAUAUAGUUAAUUGGUUAGUUGUGAAUUUGCUCGUGGUAUGCUUAAUUUUAUUUGCAUCUUAGUUUAGUUUUCAAUUGUAGAAGUUUGGCUCGUGAGUGUUGACCUUCGCUUUGACUUUUUGAUUUAUUCUUUGAUUUAUAUAUUUUUUUUACCUAGGAAAGAUGUAUGUUGCUGUCGAUCUGUACAGAGUAUGGUAUACAAACAAUGUCCAAUUAGAAAGCUAUUUUAUUUUAUUUUUAUUUUUUUCAUUAAAA